ACUAAGUUAAAGUACUUAGUCCCUCCGCUGUCCAGCUCAUACUUAGUUUCUCUCCACACCCCAACCACAACAAUGAUGGAUUCGCUGUUCGGUCAACGUUACUCUAAGCUCUCAGUAGAGCCUAGUGAGGAGGGAAAAAUUGAUAAUAAUCGGAAUGCUAAGAGCAUACCAUAUACUGUCUUUUUCUAUGCUUUAGCAGGUGCUGCUCUGUGGGUUUGCGGGCUGGUAAUGGGCGUUGUCAUCGCGAGGCAUUUCCUACCCUCGACAAAUUGUUCUAGCACAUCUGAUCUGCCAGGAACCAUUCCAAAGAUCCCUCUCUCCGACUGGACAAAGCAGCAUGUCCAUCACGAUACCGCCUUUGAAGCUGCUCCCCCGCCUAGCGAGCCUGACACUGUCUGGAAUGCCAUCAUACCGAAUGGACUAGGAUAUAUCAAGCACCCCGAAUUGGCUCCGGAAUUGUCUGUGAUUGGUGUCAUUCACCAGCUCCAUUGCUUGUAUCUAGUCCGUCGAGCAUAUUACUCCACUGCGUCCGAUAACGAGGACUUUGACUUCAACAUCGACCGAGCUCCUCACGUGGCCCACUGCUUCGAUUACUUGCGCCAGAGUCUCAUGUGCGCUGCAGACGCCAACCUGGAGCCAGCUACUCAGAUGAUAAACAAUAAUCCGAACUGGGGUUUUGACCGACAGUGCCGCAGUUACGAGGAAGUCAAAGCAUGGGCUGAACAAUGGAGGGUCUUCGACGCGCAUGGCUUUAUUCCCCACGAACUACUACCUGCGCACAACCACAGCGAUGCACGGUCGAGAAUGUAAGCAGUGAUAUGAAUAUAUCGGUAGAAGAUCUUUU